UCCUUCUUCUACCAAAAGCUCUCAACUUUCUUUAAUUUAAAUUUUUUCAAGAAAAUAAUUAAGUAUGGCUAUUAGAAAAUCAAACAAGAUGCCACAAGCAGCAAUCUUGAAGCAAAUUCUAAAAAGGUGUUCGAGUUUGGGUAAGAAAAACAGCUAUAACGACGAAGACCACCUUCCAAUUGACGUGCCCAAAGGUCAUUUUGCAGUUUACGUUGGAGAAAAUCGUACUCGAUACAUUGUACCUAUUUCUUUUUUGACUCAUCCCGAGUUUCAAUGCCUCCUUCGACAAGCAGAAGAAGAAUUUGGCUUCGAUCAUGAUAUGGGAAUUACAAUUCCAUGCGAAGAAGUUGUUUUUCAGUCACUAACUUCAAUGCUCCGGUAAAACAAAAUAAUAGAAUACAUUAAAUUCUCGUACGCCGAGGUCUGGUAAAAGAAAUUAAAAAGGUGAAUAGUAGGUGUGGAGUGAAAGAUGGGCUAGCUCAAGAUGAAGCAAUUUGAUGUUUUUUGCUUCUCUUUUUUUUUUUUUAACAUCCAUUAAAUUUUUCACUCUAUUUUUUUUUUUUUUUUGUAAUUUUCCACUAACCCUGACCUAAGAACUACAAGAUAUUAUUAGUAGUGGUUUUUAUGGGUCAGAAUCAGAUUUGUAAACAAAUCUUGGAAAAUUUUCCUUGCAGUGGUGUUUUUUAGCACCCUGUGAGAGCAGUUAAUUGAAUGUCUCUCAAUCUAA